UGGCGACAUCGAAAUAUUUUGGCAAUGAUAACAAAAAACGGGAUUGUUGAUAAGGAGAGGCCUUUCAAAAUGUAAUUUCUACGCAUAUGCAACUAAGUUUUUGUCUUACCUUAGAGAACUAGUGCUGGAAAAGGCGAAAUAAAACAUGAACUCAACACAAAAUGGAUGUUAUUCGAGUCGGCCAUGUUAAGUCAGCAACAGCAUCAACCCCUGUUGUAAGGAUAGUGCACAUAUCAGAUACCCAUCUCAACCACAAUGCCUUAACACCACCACGUCCAAUCAGUGGGAACAUUUCUAUACGAAGAAGUUUAAGCAGCGACACCCCUAAUCAGAUUGUAGAUGAGAAAGGGGUUGCUGCCUUUGAGAGGCAGUCCAGCUCCCUUUUUGAACAGAACAGCGAUGUUUUCCACAAGGGUGGGUUUUUUCUGAGCAACGUGUGCAGUUCCUACUCCAGCGCUUAUGAGAUUCCUUGCGGUGAUAUUCUCGUUCAUUCCGGUGAUUUUGAUUGGUCAAAGCAUUCCGGGGGCAUUUUUAGAUCAGACAACUUUGAAGAAAUAAUACAGUUGAUGAAUGAUUUCUUUGAUCGCUUUCCUCACAAAGUGAAGCUCUUUGUUGCUGGAAAUCAUGAAAUUUCAUUGGAUGGGAAAAAGUUACAAGCUGUUCAAUCUCGCCUCAUCUCAGCAGUUUAUCUAUACAAUUCUUCAUACACUUAUGAAGGAAUUAAUUUUUAUGGAGCACCAUACACUCCAUUCAGGCUUAUGACAAAUGCCAGGGGUUUUAUUUGCACGUCUAGAAAAAUCGCAGCACAUUGGCGAGACAUACCAUCGAAAACGGAUGUACUCAUAACCCACACCCCUCCAUAUGGAAUUCUAGACCUGGCAACUGACUGGACUACCCGUAAUAUUCCUGGGGUAACAAAUGCCUUACACAAGGUUCUCCCCAGCUCUUGUUGUGAUGUCUGUGGCGUUGAACACCCAGGACAAUCUCAUUGGGGCUGUCCACACUUGAAAGAUGAAGUGCUCAUCAGAAUCAAACCUCAUCUUCAUUUGUUUGGACACGUUCAUGAGGCAAAUGGUGUUCUCACCAAAAAGGGUGUGACUUUCUCAAACUCAGCAUAUGCCACAUUCAAACGGCCUCAUAUUUUUGACUUUUAUACUAACAAGUGAUUUUCUGGAGAUUUGUGCUCAGUUAAAACAGUUAUUUUUGCUUUGCGCUGUUUCAGUCAGUUUGAUACAUACAUAUUUUAUAUUAUUGGUAUCUGGAAGUCAACUUGAUUUUCAGUUUAUAAAAUACAAAAUAUUCAUGUAAUAAACUUUUACAUAAGUUCUUUAUGGGUUUUUAAGUAGAUUUUUAUGGGUAGGUAUGUUUCUUUGUUGUUCUUUUGUAUUCAUUAAAUACAAAGAUAUUAUUUGAAAUGCUAAAUAUUUCUUUAUUGCAACAUUUAAAGUAAAUAUUAGUAUAAUACUUAUAUUUUUAUACCUUGAAUAACUGCUACUCUUACUGUGCAAUUAUCUUAUUCCCUCCCCUUGGUUGUUAUAUACAGCCAGAUGCCACCUAAAAUCACAUCACUGC